AUGGGAGCUAAGAGCAAACCUCAAACUCCUGUAGCCUCUACUGGAGCUCGGAGCAAACCUCAAACUCCAUCAGCCUCAACUGGAGCUCAGAGCAAACCUCAAUCUCCUGUAUCCUUAACGGGAGCUCAGAGCAAACCUCAAACUCCUGUAGCAUCUACUGGAGCUCGGAGCAAACCUCAAACUCCUGUAGCCUCUACUGGAACUCGGAGCAAACCUCAAACUCCUGUAGCCUCUACUGGAACUCGGAGCAAACCUCAAACUCCUGCAGCUUCUACAGGAGGUCAGAGCAAACCUCAAACUCCUUUAGCCUCAAUGGGAGCUCAGAGCAAACCUCAAACUCCUGUAGCCUCAACGGGAGCUCGGAGUAAACCUCAAACUCUUGUAGCCUCUACUGGAGCUCGGAGCAAACCUCAAACUCCUGCAGCUUCUACAGGAGGUCAGAGCAAACCUCAAACUCCUGCAGCCUCUACUGGAGCUAAGAGCGAACCUCAAACUCCUGGAAUUGUAAGUGGAGGUCAAAGCAAACCUCAAACUCCUGCAGCCUCAAAGGAAGCUCAGAGCAAACCUCAAUAG